AUGGCCUCCUUCUUCCGUGAGGUAGGCCGAAUAACCGGCCAAUUGCACGUUGCUACCAUACCAAUUUCCAACGGUGCUAUCAGACAGCAGCCGGUGCAUCAGUUUUACCAAUCUGAUAAUGAACAGGAUGGCGAUAAUGCCGUCCAGUGGCUGUUCGGUCGCGACGAUGAGGGAGAGGCUUUGGACCAUGAAGAACAAAACAAUGGAAUCUACAUGAGGAACUGCCCAUGGUGCAUACGGAGGCUGCAAGGUGGUCAGAACGGCCUGUGCCUAGGUUGCGAGAUCUUGGUAUUUGGGGGAAUGGUUCUGUUUAUGUUCUCAUUCUUCUUACCCACCUUCCUCUUGCUUGUAUUUCUCUGA